AUCACUUUACCCAGUUCGUAGAAGUCUCUCCAUUCUCAUUCUCUCUCUCACUCUCUCGCAGGGUGCCAGUAUGGAGGACAACAGCCAGACCUGAACCGCGAAAAGAAACCGUUAAAAUUAUUGCACCCUCUUAACCUCAACCGUCUCUCCCUCCCUUCUUCUUCUCCUCCUCUCUUUCUCUCUCCACUCGCCGGCGGUUCUCGCCGCCAUCUUCUUGCCUUCUCCCUCUCUCUCUCUCUCUCCAAAACCGCACUAACCCAUUAAAAAGAUCGAUCAAGAAGCUCCUGAAGAACCCGCAGAUUCCAAAACCCCGAAGAGAGAGAGAGAGAGGAAAGAGAGAUGGAGAGGGAUCAGAUCGGCGAAAGUGCGAUUCUUGAACUCCACCUGAUCUCCGCCCAGAACCUGAAGCCGCCCCCGGCCAACAUGCGCCGCACCGAGACCUACUCCCUCGUCUGGGUCGACCCCUCCACCAAGCUCCGCACCCGCCUCGACCGGGUCGGCUCCGAUAACCCCACCUGGAACGACAAGUUCUUCUUCCGGGUCGGCCCCGACUUCCUCUCCAGCCACACCUCCGCCGUCACCGUCGAGAUCUACGCCGUCGGCUACAUCCGCGACUACCUCGUCGGCUCCGUCCGGCUGCUCCUCAGCACCGUCCUCUCCUGGCCCGACUUCGUGGGUAACAGCAAGCUCCCUUAUUUCACCGCCGUCGGCAUUCGCCGUCCUUCCGGCAAGAUACACGGAGUUCUCAACAUCGGGAUAAUGCUGGCCAACGGCUCCGACUUCACGGCCCUCAAAGGAGCGUCCGCGAUCGGCUACCGCGAUCUGAUGGGGCAGUCGGCGGGGCCGCAGAGGAGAGGCGAUCGCCGGAGGGAGAAGAAGAAGAAGAAGAGGAUGAGUGCGGCGGCGGCAGCGGCGGCGGAGCAUGAAGAGGUUUCGGGCGGCGAGUCUUGCGAGAACUGGUGGCCCGACUCGGCCGGGGACGUCUCGGACGGUGGCGAAUCGACGACCUCGUCCUCGUCGACGGCGUCGACGGUGCUCACGGUGCUCAAGGACUGGAACGGGAUAAGGGAACUGGCCGGGAAGAGCCUCCGGCGGUCGUCCUGCGGCGGGCGGUUCUUGUGCGGGCUCCCGCUUCAGAAAUAAGUCGAGGACGACGCCGCCGCCGCCGAUGCCGUCGAUUCUGUUGACCGGAUUGGUCAAAGUGAGGGAACCGAGACGAUUGCGUUGACUUUCCGGUCAAAUGGGAUUUUACUCACCCUUUGGCGCUGGGUUAAAAAAGGGGCCCCUGCAUUUAGAGAAGCAGUGAAAAGUUGUCUUUUACUUUGAUGAUUCUGCGGAUGAAUGUGGUGGUGGUGGGGGGUGCAAAGUAUGACAACUUGUAAAGAGCUUUGAGCACCCUUUUCUACCGUAUAUGUAACUAUUAGAAUUUACCCUAUUAGUAUUCAUCAGUUGAUCAAGUCUUGGUUAGUUUCGUCUCUCUGUCUCACAAUUUGAAGGCGCCUUCUUCCGUCGCCUUUUGUAUUUGUAGCCCGAAUCAUGUUCCCACAUUAGGCAAUUGAACCUCUUGCUAGUUUGGCUAUGGAUCAG